ACGCACACACACACAGCACGGUACAGAGGAGGCUGAGGGUGUCACCUAAAAGCGUGCCGGGUUAUUGGACAGGCCUACGUGUUGUUGCCAGGGGCGUGGGUCCUGUUCCCUCUCUCCAAACCUCCCGGAGAGGAAAUCUAUGAAGACAUUGUUCGUAUGAGCCGAGCAGGAGAUGCGCUCACGCUGAGCCGCCUUUCCCGUGGCGCAGUGAGCGUAAUCUGAUAAGAGCCUGUGUCCACCCUGCUCUCAGCUCCCACUCUGGAGGAAAACUAAAAAAAAAGAAAAAAAAAAAAGAGUGUGCGACUAUUUCAGGGAACAAUGCAGAGAUGCUGAUGUCACACUUUCCGGAGCCGAUUCAGGGUUGCACCUGAAACACCUGCUUUAUUUGCAUCAUCCACAGUCCGAGUCCCUGAGCGUCACGAGGGGGGUGACAGCUGCGCACUCGGCCGUCCCACGGUGUCUCUUUGUAGGGAUUAAUGCGUGGCACAACCCUAACAUCCUGGUUUGUCCACUGGAGGCCAGUUGAUCUGUGUCUCCGCCGGGGGAAUCACGUGUUUGGAGUGAGAGUGAGUGUUUGCGUGACUUCAUGGCGGUGACACCAGGCCCAACUUGAAUAGCUCAGUGCUUCACUGCAGCAAGGUGGACCGGCGCGAGAGGAGGCACGGCGGCGGCGGCGGCGCGCAUCAUCCAUCCGAGCUGCACAGGAUGUUUUAAGUGCUGAACAAUUUCAAGGCGCAAGGCCAUCCACCCUGCGCCGCUGCCGAACUGCGUCACCGCAUGUAAGAGUUGCAGGUAAGCAACAAAGUCUCUCACCGCCGGGAGAAGAGCAUGCUCAUCACUCUACUCGUCGCCGGUGAGUGUUUAACAAUUUACCGGAGAUGGAUUCGGCGGAUGAUUCAAACAAAGACCCGCCUCUGGUGUCCACAUUCUCCUCAGCACCAAAUUUAGACUCGGACAUAAACGCAAAUGCCUGCAGGCCUGUUUAUGAGAAUGGGACAGAUCACAAUGUCAACAUGCAAGACGCGGCCCUGCGAGGAGCCAGUGACCCGAGCGCGUACCCCUCCUCAGAUUACCGGGGACUCAUCCGCCAGAGGUUCAUCCGGCGCAGUUUGUGGGUGUCAGACUCCGAGGAGCAUCCGCUGGACGCGCCGGAGUGUGUCAGCAGCAGGACCCCGGUGCUCAGCAUUAACCUUCGCACCAUUGUUGAUCGAAGUCGGACCCGGGUUCUGAACGGAAGCCGCCUGGGUCUCCAGGAGACCUCCAGCACGGAGAGCCAGGCGGAACUCAAGGAGAGCGCCACAGAGAGCGUGAGCGCGGACGAGGAGAAGGCGGAGGGGAGCGAGACCGAGCGCAAGGCUGAGGUGGUGGUGGCCGCGGAUGUCACAGGUAAAGCAGGAAGUGACGAGAACGAAGAGGAGCCAGGGAUGAAGGCCGUGUCCACCUCACCUGGAGGCCGCUUCCUCAAGUUUGACAUUGAGCUGGGCAGAGGUUCCUUCAAGACGGUCUACAAAGGUCUGGACACUGACACCUGGGUGGAGGUGGCGUGGUGUGAACUCCAGGAGCGGAAACUGUCCAAAGCCGAGCGACAGAGGUUCAAGGAGGAGGCCGAGAUGUUGAAGGCUCUUCAGCAUCCCAACAUUGUUCGAUUUUAUGACUUCUGGGAAUCGCCGGUGAAGGGGAGGAAGUGUAUCGUUCUGGUGACGGAGCUAAUGACCUCAGGGACACUAAAAACGUAUCUGAAACGCUUCAAGGUGAUGAAACCUAAGGUUCUUAGGAGCUGGUGCAGACAGAUUCUCAAAGGCCUGCACUUCCUCCACACGCGGACUCCUCCCAUCAUCCACCGAGACCUCAAGUGUGACAACAUCUUCAUCACUGGCCCCACGGGCUCUGUCAAAAUAGGAGACCUGGGCUUGGCGACGCUGAAGAGGGCGUCGUUCGCUAAAAGUGUUAUUGGCACACCAGAGUUCAUGGCCCCUGAGAUGUAUGAGGAGCACUACGAUGAGGCUGUGGACGUCUAUGCCUUUGGCAUGUGUAUGUUGGAGAUGGCCACCUCAGAAUAUCCCUACUCCGAGUGCCAGAAUGCUGCACAAAUCUACCGCAAAGUCACCAGCGGGGUGAAACCUGCAAGCUUCAGCAAAGUCAGUGACCCUGAAAUUAAGGAAAUAAUCGGCGAGUGUAUCUGUCACAGGUGGGAAGAAAGGUACUCCAUCAAGGACCUCCUGAAUCAUGCCUUCUUUGCAGAGGACACCGGCGUCAGAGUGGAGCUCAAUGAAGAAGACGAUGGAAACAAAUCGUCCAUCGCUCUCAAGCUGUGGGUUGAGGAUCCAAAGAAGUUGAAAGGAAAAUACAAGGAUUCCGGUGCCAUUGAGUUUACCUUCGACUUGGUGAAUGAGGUGCCGGAGGUUGUCGCCCAAGAAAUGGUGGAAUCUGGUUUCUUCCUGGACUGCGACGUCAAGAUAGUGGCGAAGUCCAUCCGUGACCGCGUGGCUCUCAUCAAGUGGAGGAGAGAGCGGACUUUCUCGUCAGGAAAUGGCGAGACGCAGCAGAACCUACUGCAGGUGCCCAGCACUGGUGUGCCACAGGAAGCCACGUUAGCUGCCACGGAUUAUGAAGACCAAGAGAUGGAGCAGCAAACUCUGGUGGUCUGCAGUGUGCCUGUCACCACAUCAACAACAUCUGACAGUGGAGGGAGUUCUACCAUGCCUUCAGAUGUUCUUAACAAUCAGCAAAAUGGGACCUACCAGUCUCUCCCAGAGCCCAUUUCCACAGUUCAGAUCAUUUGCAGUCCUCCUGCACAGUCUGACCCUCAGCUGCACCAGGGGCCCUACCAGCAACCCGCGGGUCAACUGCAUCUUGGGGCUUAUCAACACACUGCAGCACAAAUGCACCAGGAGGCGUAUCAGUCUCAAACACAUCGCCACAGUGAACCGUUUGUAAGCCAUAACAACCUGCUCGUCGGUCAGAGCGCAGUGUGUUUCAGGCGUGGAAGCGCCUCCGUGGUUGACAUGUGGCCAUGUAGCUCGCAUCCUCACACCAAGACUAUGAGUCCAAGCCCUUUCUCGUGUUCUUCACUGGACGUGGCUCCAGCAAAUAGCACAGGGAGCUCAGUGCAUGCCACAGACAACCUCUGCUCUGACUCUGCUCAGGAUCCACCGGCAUCAUCUCCCCUCCUGUCUCCCCAUCAUCACUCUCAUCAUGACUCAGCAAGUCAUUUUAAUUCACCUCACCUUCCCCUGAAUUUACAACCUCCUUCAGAGCUGCGUCAGAUUGUCUCUCGCAGCCCACAGCUCCACCACCACCACCACCACUGCAAGGCUUGCAUGUCUCUCCUCCUGAGGGACAGGACGAGGGGAGGAACAUCUCUGGGCCACAGACACACGCGCUCUUUCUCGGCAUCCACCAAGUUCUCUCCAGUUUCUAAGCCGGGCUCUCCCACAUCUCCUCAUGUGUCAUGCUCCCUUCCAGUCACGCUACUUCAUUUUCGUGCAUCGCCCUCUCUGCCGUUGUCAAGCAAUCAAACAAAGCUGCUGACAUCACCUUCGAAUCCACCCUCACAUGGUUUGAACGAGGGUGCAGAUCUGACUCUUCUCAACCACUGUCUGCAUCACAUUGUCAGUCGAAGGACUAGCACUCCCACCGUCUUGGAGAGAGUACGUCACCCGGUGCACGGCCAAGGGGAAGUUAGGAGAACUGCCUCAUCCGCAUGUGAACACACUGACAAAAGUCAAAGCCUGGAGGUCCCACUUGUCUGUCGCUCAAAUCUGGACAUUAACCCACUAUUACUGCCACGUAACAGCAAAGGCAGACCAGAGUCUCUGACCGUUUCUGAUCCUACACCAGCCCCUUCUGUGCUCCAGAGUAGACAGACAACACAGAGCUUCCCAGCUGCAGCGUCCGCCCUACAGACGCAGGUUACUCUGCAACCCAGCCAGGAGCAGUGCCAUCUUCAGCCAGUUGCUGUUCUGUCCCAGUGCUUCUCUGCUGACCCGUCAACAUCUCAUCUCAGCCAUCCUGACAUAUCGGCCACUUUUCCACACUCAGUCUCCAGUGCUCCUCCCCCACUCCGGGUCAGUGCACAGUUUCCCUCAUACCCUGUUGUUCAAACAGGGGGCUACAGUCCCCAUCCCUUCUUCUCAGCUCCUUUGCCGUCUGCCUACAGUGGCGGUGGCCGUUUUAUAACUAGCACCUACUACUCACCUUCGCCUCUCCAUCCCUCCCUCCCUCUGAACCCUCAUGCCGCCUUGCCUUGCUCUACACCUCCUCUAGGCAGCCCUCAGUCUCCUCUGUCCACGCCUCAACACAUACCCAUAGUGGCACUCCCAAUCCCAAUCCUAACCAUGACCAUGUCCCCGGGAGUGCCACAGCAGCAGGGUGGCCUUGCUACAUCUCAGCCAAACAUCUGUAGCUUCCAUACCACACACCCCUUACCUUUCUCCCAGGUACGAACCACCCCAUUCCCCGCCCCUCACCCUGAGCAGGAACUUGCUGAGCAGCCUGUCCAGGUUCAGACGACUGUUCCACAGGGGACAUUGGGAGAUGUUCAGCUGUUGGCUCCAGUUCAGCCUGUCUUGCAUGCUGUUCAAAGUCCUCUCUGGGGAGAUGCCGAAAGCACUGCAGCUAACCUAGAAUUAACUGCAGCUCCUCCUCCAGUUCAAGCUCCCGCCUCAAUCUCAGCUACAGUACAAGUUGAAUCCCGAGUACUGGCACAAACUCCGCCUCUUGUCCCAGCACAAAACCAACCAACAGACGCAGUAUCUACAACUCCAACUCCAAUCCUUGUUAAGGCCACAACUUCAGGCCCAGUACAGGAUCCUAUAACAGCACCAGCUCCAGCCUCGGCCCCAAUUCAAGCACCAGUCAUUGCAUCUGGUCCCACUUUUGAACCACCAAAAGUCACUUGUACAAGCUCAGACUCAUCGUCUUUGAUCAGUAAACCCCAGCACUCUUUAGGAGGUUUGGUCUUCGCCCCGGUCCCUGUCACCCUGCCAGUCUCAGUGAAAUCUGCAGCCUCCGCUCCGCCUCCUGUCGUGGCUUCCGUCCCAGCUCCAGCUCUGCAGCCUGCUGCAACCCAAACAGCAAUCUCAUCGCCUGAGGGUGCCAGCCUGGCCAUAACUCAGCAAAACACAGAACUGACAAUUACAUCUAGCACCUUUCAACAAGACAUUAGUGUAGAGGAAGUACUUCAAGAAACAUCAGUGUCGUUACCCAACUAUGCGUAUGACAGCGUCAACUCUGAUGUGACGUCUGGUAAGGAAACAAGUGACGGCUGUGAGAGCUUGGUCAGUGGCGGGAAGGGCGACGGAAAACCCAGGAAACACCACCGCAAGUCCGCCCGUACACGUUCACGGCAAGAAAAGACCAGCAAACCCAAACUGAGCAUAAUCAAUGUUUGUAACACUGGCGAUAAAAUGGUGGAAUGUCAGCUGGAGACUCACAAUCACAAAAUGGUGACAUUCAAGUUUGAUCUGGAUGGAGACGCUCCAGAGGAAAUUGCCACGUACAUGGUGGAGAAUGGGUUUAUUCUACUGUUGGAGAAGGAAAUCUUUAUUGACCAGCUCAAGGACAUUGUGGAUAAAGCCGAGGACAUGCUGCAUGAGGACAUAGAAGGUGAAAAGGCGUCCACCUUGAGUUGCAGUCCUCAGCAGGGCAGUCUGUCUGAGGGCCUGCUGGGAGAGAGCAAGCAGCAACUUGGCUUCUAUGUCUCUACCACUCUGCAGAGUCAGCAGCUUGGGACACCACAGCCGGUCUAUCAGCAGAACGUUCUUCACACAGGGAAAAGAUGGUUCAUAAUCUGCCCUGUAGAAGAAACACCCACGUCCAGCCAGGAGACGCCGUCUGAUGGCACGAAUGCACAGUCACCUGGGAGUUCAACCACAACCCAGGCUGCUGACAGUGGCACCGCAAGGCCGUCUGUGUCCAGAGAAGAGGGGUCGUCCUCGACAAUGUCUGGUGGGAGUGGAGGCUUCUCCUAUGAAGUGUAUGGAUUCUGCAGCCCUCCAAUUAUGUCCAACACAGACCCACUCAUUUUGGCCAUGCUGUCACCUCCUGUCUCUGCUCCUCCAACCCUUCAAUCUGUAUCUUCAGUGGAGCCGGCCGGCAGCUCCAUGCAGCCCAGUGUGCAUCAGGCCCAGCCAGCCCGGGCUCCAACGCUGCCCCCUUCAUCCCCACUCAGAUCUCUCCCACUGAACGAGGCACAGGGAUCCCCUCUGGGUGCCAGCUCCCCGGUUCAUUCUGCUCAGCCGAUGCCUGACAUGAUAAGCCCCGUGUCCAUAGCUGAGGAGGUUCCCUGUUGCCCACUGGUCAUGCAACUAUCUCUGGAUGUAAGCGGUUCACGGGCUGGGUCUCCUCUCACCCCGCUGCCACUCCAGGAGCCAGAUUCAGCCAAAGAGCCACUGUCUGUCGCCUACGCCUCCACAGCACGUGGGGAUCUACCACAGCAGCCUGUGGUGCUCCACCAGCCCUUUUCCAGCAUGGGAGGAACCAAAGUGUCCUCACUACCACAGAGCCCAGCGCCCUCGCAGCACGGUGCAGGGCCGGGCGAGUCGGAUGGCGAGGGACGGCUGGCACGUGGGGGCUUCGUGGACAGCACCAUAAAAACACUGGAUGAGAAGCUAAGGAACUUGCUCUACCAAGAAUAUGCUCCCAUGUAUCCGUCAGGCAGUGCGGCAGAGACACCGGGCUCCUGCACCGAGUACAUCCAAUCACCUCCUGGUCCAGACAGCGCCACGGGAGGGUCAGGAAACAGCACACCUGGGCCAAUAGGGGAAGGGCGCUACAGGACAGGAGAACAGCUGCCUCAAAUUCCUGAGCGAAUGGACAGUUUGAGCACACAGAGUGACUCGGCCGUGUGUGCGUCCAUGUCCAGAAGACAAGUCCCUCAUUCCGUUUCCUGCUCUGGAACAAGAGGUCGAUUCAAGAUAAUCUCUGUCCCUCCUGAAGUGGCCAACAGACGAGGCGUAAAACAGAGGAGUUGGGGCAACGCGGCCUCACCAGUGCACCCUGCAAGAUACAGUCAAGAACACGUUCAGGCUGAGGCCAUGGUAGCCUCCACUACGAUUGGCCGUUUCUCAGUGGUGAGCACCGAGGACGACAUCACGCAGAGGACGCGCUGCAGCCGCUACUCUGCCCCGCCGGAUUUCUACCUGGACACGCCUCCUUCCAUGGCCAAGCGCGGUUCCCUGCCACGCGCCCUGACCUCGGCCUCCGUCCCCGUUGACGUCACCGUCCAUGCUCGCUUCCUCUCGUCAGACUCGGGGGCGGAGAGUAGCCCCGCGAAGCUGGCUGCUGCCACCCCGUCUCACCGGCCUCGCUCUGAGCGCAGAGGAAGUGACCUCAUGAAGCGGGCCGUGGCCUUCCUCCGUCGCUCAGGGCGGAGCAGCAGUGUGCAGAGCUCUGACUCACCGAGCAGGCAUGGAGGUGUGCACGGCUCAGCCUAUGGCAGCAGCGACAACGACUCAGAGAUGGAGGACACGGACAUGAAGAGGGAACUACAAAGACUUAGGGAAAAACACCUGAGGGAAAUCUCUGAGCUGCAGGCCCAUCAGCGGGGAGAGGUGGAACUGCUGUAUCACCGGCUUGGCAAAGCCCCCCCUCCUGGCCUGGGUGUCUCUCAUGUUGCGCCACAUAACGGCCGUAGAAAGAGGUCCAGCAGGCACAAGCUGAAGCCUGGCAAACUUCUCAGCCCUCUGGUUCAACAAUUUCGAAAUGUCACAGCCAAAGCCAGCGACUCCAGCAGAUCCAGUACAGUUGAGCCUACACUAAGUUUAAAUGGCUCUCCAGCCAGGGGGUCUUUACCCACUCACGGCAGGGCCCAAUCAUGCACGAGCCACAUUCCAAGAUCAGCUUUGGAGCCGGUGCUGACUCAGCAGCCCUGUUCCCUCAAGGGCUCUUUGUCCUCGGAUAAUAUUUACACUGGACUGCAAGGAGAUGGCACAGGCACACAAGCUCCACUUGUACAAGGCUGGUCUAACUAUCCUCAACCACCUGAGAGAGUGACCAAUAAAUCCAGUAGCAAGCCACGCACUAGAUUUCUCAGUGGGCCUGUGUCUUUGUCUAUCUGGUCAACACUGAAGCGACUGUGUAUUGGCAAAGAGCGUGGCAGUAGGUCUGCAGCUGGAUCAGCCACUUUCAAUCAACCACAACAGCCGCCCACUGGUUCCACACCUCCACCACCUCCUCAGCAGUCAGUGAUGGGCCUGGCUCAAGCUCAAGCAAAUAACAGCAACAACAAGACAGGCACGUACACCGGAGCGUCCACGAGUGCCAAUGAAAGAGACCUGCCAGAAGACCUGCAGCGGCUCAUGGACGACUGGGCUCAAGAUGUUCUUAUCGUUACCCACACGCCACACACCAACUCUCUGAGCAUCAGUGGGCAGCGGCCGUGGGACCAGGUCAUGCACAGACCUCUGGUUAGUGUUUCAGAUGUAUCAUCAUCAUGGACUGCCCCUGGUCCAGAGGCCUACAGUCUGUCAUGGCCUGACAGUCCCAGGUCAGGAAUGAUGACCAGCCCGUCCACAGGACCCCUCCCCAGCUAUCAACUUCACUCUCCCGCCCCGUUAAGGGUCUUGUCCGCCUUCCCUCUCCCCUCAGGAGUUUUUGCCUUUCCUGCUGUGCCCUCAACCCAAGACACGCCCAGUCCCGCACCUUCUCCAUCAUAUCGGCCACCUCAAUCUAGAGCCAGGACUCUAUAAUCUGAGUAGCAUUGUGUCUUCCAACUCUAGUACCAAAAACAAUCAUUAUACUUCUAGUAAGUCUUAUGUGCAUAUACAGUAUAUAUUUAACCAGCAUGUAUGUAACCAUAUGUACAUACUCAUCUCUAUUCUUGAGUUCUUGUUUUUUUUUUGUUUAAUUUGCAUCAACAUACCUCAUGUCCAUACAGUGCAUAACCCUGAUGUGCAGUGUAAUGGUAGAAGUACAUUUAAAGAUGUAUAGUUAGGCUUCAAAGUGUAGAUUUUCACCAUUGCUCACAUGUAAAUGUACAUAAUGUACUGUUCAUCCAUGCUUUGUUCAUAUAAAUAGCUCACGUUUGUGUUAACUCAUAUCAUUCCUACACAUAAGUGGACGUGUGUAUAUAGGAAGUGUCAUUUGUACAUAGCUCCUGUCUUUGUACAGUUAACAUUAAGUAAUAUGUAGGUUGGUGCUGCAGCUACAGAAUGUGUCUUAAUGCAACACCCUGUUAGCCACCAUCAUGCCGUCACUGUGAAGACUUGACAUUGUGGUCACUAGGACCAUUUUUGCUUCUAUUCUCUGUUCUCAAAAGUCCAAGUUUCAUUCCUCAUAGAUGAAAAAAUGCUUCCAGCACAAGCGCUUGAAAUAUCCUUGAGAGAUUUGAGUGAACUUGAACUUUAUCUUCAGGUGCAAAGAGAAUCACCUGUGAGAGUGCCUUGAAUUGCAGUUUCAGUUUUCUGAUGAGAAGCAUUUAGGUUCAAAUGCAGACAGUAGAUAAACAGUAAUACGCUUUCACCUUCGAAAGGUAAAUGAUGUGAUUUGAAUCGUGAAUGUGGACUUAUUUACGCAAACUUACAUCGCAUAACAAUCGGACGCAAAUCGGUACCAAGUACAAAAAGUACCAACUUUCGGUACCCAACCCUACACGCCGCAGCUCAUAAAAUAUAUCAGAUUGUAAGAAUAAACUAGUUAGGUUAUUUAAUAUCUUACCUGAAAGGGUUUUUUGUAGGAUUACUUUGGCAAGUGCACCACCGCCUGCAUGAAUACACUGAUAUUCUGAAUGUGCACAGGUCGACGUGGUGAGUCACAAGACAAAUGUUGUUCAGAGGAACUAGCAUUGACACCAUACAACAAGCAGGGCUGAAGGACUCGUCGUCCGAGUCAAAUUGGUACUCAUCCCAUACCUCUCUCUCUCUCUACUAAUGCAGUCUGUAGCUUUAUAUAUCGUUGCCUUUGUGGGUUUUUAAGAGAUUACUGUGUGGCUGGUGUGCAAAUAUAGUCCGAGGACGAUACAGGCACAGUCGUGAAGAAUGUGAAUUACUUAGAGGCCACAACGGGACAUUUGUAUCACAAAGAGUUUUUGUAAUAAUUAGGUGAAAUAUUUAUCAUCGCUGGCUUCAAUUAACAAAUAUUGGACAAUCACUGUUUCAGUAAUCGUCUCCAAAAACAACACUUUCUUUCAAUCUUUGUUUCUCUGGUAUGGCCUCUUUAAUUCCCCCCGGAUGAAUUGUUUGUUGAGUACAUCAGUGAUUUCAUGAUUACAGUUGAUAGGUGGGUCAGCCAUUAUACUGAGACUAAACUUGACUUAUUUUUGUGUCUCUGUGUUUCCACCCGAUAUUUCACAAUUGUAACUCAGCUUUUUCAGUUAAAAAGUGAACAAUCCGGGAGGUUUUAUCAACAAGAAGCGUAUUUCACAUCUUUCACAUCAUACAAAAUGUUAUUUGGAAUUUUUAGAAGCCCCCCCCCCGCCCCGCCAAGAGUGGCAGACGAUAUAAACACUUUUAAAGUAGUGCCUCUUGUGGAGAAUAAGUAGUAGUAUAGUGCCCCUACAAAAUGUCUCUAUGUUUGCACAAUAUGACAGUGUUUUUUUUUUGUCUCAACGGCACAAUCAUAAUUCAAAAUGACAGGUUUUUUUUCCUAAGAACAUUUUCUUUGCAGCUAUUUACGUUGUGCUUUACGCAGUAGACACUCGCCAUGAAAGCUCUUUGUAUGUUUGCUUUU